AUGUAUUCCCCUUCUCCACCGCCGGUCGCGGCGUCCAACGCAUAUGUGUACCUCAAUCACCAGCAGUCCCUGGCGUCGAACCCAUAUGCGUCGCACGCGCAGUCGACCCACCACCUCAGCGGCGGCAUGAACGCCAGCUCGAUGGGCGACAUGGGCCUUGUCGGCGGAGCGUCGUCGGCGGCCGCGCUCAGCUCGGGUCCGCCCGCGAGCUCCGCGUACGGCAAUGGUUCGCCGUUCGGCGCGAUGAACUCGCCGCGCUACGACACUGCUGGCAUGGGCUGGCUGUCGCGCUUUCCGCCGCAGCAGUCCCAUCUGGCCCAGUCCACAAACGGGACGCCGGUCGGCCCUAUGCCUGCGGCGCUCAACCACGGUGUGCCCUCGUCGCCGGGCUAUCCUGGCAUGGGCUCCUCGCCGCACAUGUCAGUCAUGGGGUCGUCCGUGUCGCCUGCAACGCCGCAGACACAAACGCAAAGCACGCGUGCGGCGAGCUCGGCGGGCACCUCGUCCGAGUGGCAGCAACAGAUUUACUGUGCAGAUAUCUCGCGUCAGUCGUACUCGCCGCAUCACCAUGCGCGCGCGGCUGCGCUGGCGGCGCGUAGCUCGGUCAACGCCGGCCCGGACUCGAAGAAAGGCAUCCAGCUGCCGGCCGGCGCUGCGGCGAACGGCCUGUCGUUCCCGCUGCGCGGCGACAGCAAGGGUGGUGACGAGUCCUACGCUGGCCUGAGCACGAGCCCCAGCAAGAGCGCCGGCCUGCGCACGUCCAAAGCGAACGAUGAAGAAGCGAACGAGCAGUCGUGGUCAAUGAUCGACAUGGGGGGUCUGAACCUCAAGACGAUCGGCAACGAAGUGUUCCGCUACACCUUCCUCACUUCGCUAUUCAUUAACCACAACAGCAUCACGACACUUUCGCCUGCCGUGGUGCAGCUGCGCAACCUCUCUGUACUGGAUGCGAGCGGCAACAAGCUCGUCAUGAUCCCCCCCGAGCUCGGCAUGCUGACCGAGCUGCGCGGACUCUUUUUGUUUGAUAACUGCCUCACGGUGCUUCCUCCCGAGCUCGGCACGCUGUACCAGCUGGAGAUGCUGGGCAUCGAAGGCAACCCGCUGCAGGAGAACCUCAUGAGCAUUAUCCAGCACGAAGGCACGCAGGCGCUGAUUGCCUUUUUGCGCGACUCGUGCCCCGUGCCGGUCCCUCCGCCGGAGCGUGAGUGGAUUACGCUCGAGACGGACGUGCCGAACGUGUCCGAGGAGGAGUCGGCGAACAACACGUUUGCCGUCCUGUCCUACAAUGUGCUCUGCGAAAAGUACGCGACGCCGCAAAUGUACGGCUACACGCCGGGCUGGGCGCUCGUGUGGGACUACCGCAAAGAGUUUAUCCUGCAAGAGAUCAUGAGCUACGGUGCCGACAUCUGCUGUCUCCAGGAACUGGAGAUGGGCCAGUACGAAGAGUACUUUGAGCCAAAGCUGCAACAGAACGACUACGAGGGCCUCUUUUGGCCCAAGUCGCGUGCGCGCACGAUGCGCGAGGACGAGCGCCGCCAUGUCGAUGGAUGUGCGACCUUUUUCAACUCGCGCGUGUACCGUCUGGUGGACAAGCAGCUGAUCGAGUUUAACCAGCUCGCACUGCAGCGCCCCGACUUUAAAAAGACGGAGGAUAUCUUCAACCGUGUGAUGACCAAAGACAAUGUGGCCGCGAUUGCCAUGCUCGAGCACCGCAAGACGGGUGCAAAGCUGCUGCUGGCCAAUGCACACAUGCACUGGGACCCCGCGUUCCGCGACGUAAAGAUGGUGCAGACCGCGAUGCUCAUGGAGCAGCUCGAGAGCAUCAGCAACCGCUUUGCCAAGAUGCCGUCGCAGGUGAAGCUGGAAGGCAACGCGACGCCGCCCAAGUACACCUCCGGCAAGCAGAUUCCCAUGGUGAUCUGCGGCGACUUUAACUCGACCCCCGACUCGGGCGUAUACGAGUUUUUGAGCCAAGGCACCGCCGCCCCGGAUCACGAAGACUUUAUGGACCAUACCUACGGCACGUACACCUCAGAGGGCCUGCGCCACAGCUGUGCACUGCGCAGCGCCUACAACAGCAUCGGCGAGCUGCCGCUCACGAACCACACGCCCGGCUUCCGCGGCGCGAUCGAUUAUAUCUGGUACUCGACCAACACGCUCGCCGCGUCGGGCCUCCUGGGCGAGGUCGACGCGACCUACCUCUCGCGUGUAGUGGGCUUCCCCAACGCCCACUUCCCAUCUGAUCAUGUAUGUAUCCUCGCCGAGUUUAAAGUCAAGCCGACCAAGGCAUAG